AUGUAUCAUGUUACCAUUAUGAGUUGUGGUUAUACUCUUAUUGAAUCUGGUGGUGUAAGAAGUCAAAAUGCUGGACAUAGUUUAUUCAAAACACUUUUAAUAUUGAUAUCAUCAGCAUUAGCCUAUUGGAUAUUUGGUUAUGCAUUUGCAUUCGGUCAAAAAUCAAAUGUUAUUUUGGGUUAUCAAUUUUGGGCUAGCGAACGAUUGGGUGACAGAGAUUUGCGACCAGGUGUUGACAAUUAUACAAAUGGAAAUUUAGUCUUUAAUUUAAAUAAUCAAGAUCCAUACAUUCAUUAUUUCUAUCAUUAUAUGUUAGCAUUUUUGGUCACAAAUAUUGCUGCAAGUGCAUUUGCUGAAAGAUGUCGUGUACCAGUUUAUGUUUUAUUUUCAUUUGUUAUGGCUGGAUUUGUCUAUCCAUUUUUGAGUCAUUGGAUGUGGGGAAGACUUGGUUGGUUAGGAAAUACAGUUGGUGCACGAGAUUAUGGUGGAAGUGCUAUUAUAUUUUUAACGGCUGGUAUUGCAGCAUUAAUUGGAACAGCAUUUCUUGGUCCAAGAUUUGGACGUUUUGAACCGAGAUCGUUACCACUCUUUGGUCAUAGUAUACCGAUUACAUCUGUUGGAGCUAUAUUUGUUGCAUUUGGAUUUUUUGUCUUAAAUUCUGGAGCUGAUCAUCGAAUAACUGGUAGAGCAUUUGGCGAUCGAGUGGGACAUGGUUUAAUAAAUACAUUAUUAUCGGGAUCAGCAUCAGGCGCAACGUACUAUAUUUUACAACGUCUAAUUGAAACAAUAAAAAAACCAACGCGACAUUUAAAACGACGAGUAUUUUUGUCAACCGUUAAUUCAAUCUUGGCUGGAAUGGUAGCAGUGGCUGGUGGAGCAGUAACAUACAAUCCAUGGUCAAGUAUUAUUAUUGGAUUUAUUGCUGCCUUAAGUUUUCUAAUAUGGAGCAAAUUAUUAACAAGAUUACUUAUUGAUGAUCCGGUUGAAACGGCAGCUGUUCAUAUCGGUGGUGGUUUAUGGGGAAUAUUUGCUGUACCAAUAUUUCGACGUGCAAUUGGAUUAAAUGCUGAUGGUGUCACUGAUGGAACUAUUCCAGACUUUUCAAUAAUUUAUAAUAUAAGGAAUGGUGAAAGCUGGAGAGGUUUGUUAAAUGCACUAUGCACUGCAGCAGUCGUCAUAGCUUGGGUGGCAAUAUUUAUUGCCUUAUUAUUUCUCAUUUUGAAAUUAAUUAAUUUAUUAAAAGUAUCAAGAGAAGAGGAAUUAAGAGGUAUCGAUUUAUUUCAACAUGGUGAACCAGCAUAUGCAUUGAGAAUUUAUUGUGCUGCAUGUGGAGAACAACUUCAAGCCAAGACUAUUGAAACUGAAACGAAUACAGGAAUUGGACAACGAGGAAAUUUUCCAGCAAUUGUAACGGAUGCCGAAGGAGCAAUCGUCCCUAUCGAAUAUUUCAGUGAUGGCCGAAAUGGUGGUGGAAAACCGAUUAAAACUGGCGGUUUAAAUGAAGAAAAUCGUGUUUAA